UCCGAGGUGUCGUGGAUACCCAACAAACAUUACUCAGGUAUUUACGGCUUGAUGAAGCUGACGCUCACCAAAGCUUUGCCCUCCGACCUCUCCAAGGUCAUCGUCCUCGACACCGACAUCACCUUCGCCACCGACAUCGCCGAGCUGUGGGGCAUCUUCAGGAAGUUCACCGAUAAGCAGGUGAUUGGUCUGGUGGAGAACCAGAGUGAUUGGUACCUGGGGAACCUCUGGAAGAACCACAAACCCUGGCCUGCACUCGGACGAGGAUUCAACACCGGCGUGAUCCUCCUCUACCUGGAGCGUCUGCGGAGGCUCGGCUGGGAGCAGAUGUGGAGGCUGACGGCAGAAAGAGAGCUGAUGAGCAUGCUCAGUACGUCUCUGGCCGACCAGGACAUCUUCAACGCCUUCAUAAAGCAGAACCCCGUCCUGGUGCACCAGCUGCCGUGUUUCUGGAACGUCCAGCUGUCGGACCACACUCGCUCUGAGCAGUGCUACACAGAGGUGUCCGACCUCAAGGUGAUCCACUGGAACUCUCCGAAGAAGCUGCGAGUGAAGAACAAACACGUGGAGUUCUUCAGGAAUCUCUACCUCACUUUCCUGGAGUACGACGGGAACCUGCUGAGACGGGAACUGUUCGGCUGCCCGAGCCAGGCGAGCCCCGAGAGCGUGAAGCUGCAGGCGGCUCUGGAGGAUCUCGAUGAGGACGAUCAGUGCUAUGAUUUCCGGCGGGAGCGCCUCACCGUGCACAGAGUUCACCUGUACUUCCUGCAGUACGAGUACUCACCUGCAGAGGACGACACCGACAUCACGCUGGUGGCUCAGCUCUCCAUGGACAGGCUGCAGAUGCUGGAGGCCAUCUGUAAGCACUGGGAGGGGCCCAUCAGCCUGGCGCUCUACAUGUCGGACGCCGAGGCGCAGCAGUUCCUUCGAUACGCUCAGGCCUCCGAGGUCCUGAAGAACCGGAAGAACGUUGGGUACCACAUCGUGUACAAAGAGGGCCAGUUCUACCCCGUCAACCUGGUGAGGAACGUCGCUCUGAGGAACGCCAACACGCCCUACGUCUUCCUCACAGACGUCGACUUCCUGCCCAUGUACGGACUCUACGAAUACCUCAGGCGCACGGUGGUGCAGAUGGACAUGGCUCACACUAAGAAGGCUCUGGUGGUCCCGGCCUUCGAGACGCUCCGGUACCGUCUCUCUUUCCCCAAAUCCAAAGCUGAGCUGCUCUCCAUGCUGGACAUGGGGACUCUCUACACCUUCAGGUAUCACGUGUGGCCCAAAGGUCACGCUCCGACAGAUUACGCCAAAUGGCGGACGGCCACCACGCCGUACCGAGUGGAGUGGGAGGCGGACUUCGAGCCGUACGUGGUGGUGAGGAAGGACUGUCCCGAAUACGACCAGCGCUUCGUGGGCUUCGGCUGGAACAAGGUGUCGCACGUACUGGAGCUGGACGCACAGGAGUACGAACUGAUGGUGCUGCCGAACGCCUUCAUGAUCCACAUGCCGCACGCUCCUAGCUUCGACAUCUCAAAGUUUCGCUCCAGCUCGAGUUACCGCAACUGCCUGAACACGCUGAAGGAAGAGUUUCACCAGGAUCUGUCCAGGAAAUACGGCUCGGCGGCACUGAAGUACCUCACGGCUCAGAGAAACAUCUAGAGGGACGGAGAAAAAGACGUUAAAAACCGCGAGUCCGUCGGACACGUGCUAACGCUGCGCCGCCGCGGAACCGUUAGCCGCAGGGACGCUAACAAAGACGGUUAAAAAGACGGUAAAGCUUUACGGCCCUUUGUGGACAAUCUCGGGCUCCUGUGCAUUAAUUCUCCAGUCGAAGAGAUCACGGGAAGGAUUUCGUUCACAAAAGGACUGAGAAGACGGACUAGCUUUAACGCCGGGAGUAAUUGGUACAACUUGUUCUGACAAUCAGGGUUUCUGUCCGAAUGACGGGAAGAUUUAAGGGAGAAGACGACGUUUCUAAGGGCCAGUCGAAGUGGAGAUAAGCCUUAUCACUCUCCAUGGUAUUUACUGACAUAUUUAAUAUUUCUUUUCUUUCUCCAGUGUAAAUCAAAACCAAUGAUAACAAACAUUGGCAUUAACAAUGUUUUGAUUACGACUUGACAAAGGUUUUGUUUUUCUUCGUUUAUCAUUUCUGACCUUUUUGAAAGAAAAUUCAUUUUUGUCCCGGGUGAAUAAUCUCUGAGCUUCAGGUGUGUGUGUGUGUGUGUGUGUGUGUGUGUGUGUGUGUGUGUGUGUGUGUGUGUGUGUGUGUGUGUGUGUGUGUGUGUGUGUGUGUGUGUGUGUGUGUGUGUGUGUGUGUGUGUGUGUGUGUGUGUGUGUGUGUGUGUGUGUGUGUGUGUGUGUGUGUGUGUGUGUGUGUGUGUGUGUGUGUGUGUGUGUGUGUUGCUUGCAUGUAAAGAGUUGCACUACAUGUCCUCACAUCAAAAGAAAGUGAUUGUUCAUGUUUUUUUCUCUCCGUCUGAAAGCAGUAAAUAUCUAUUAAAGAUAAAACGAUCAUUACUGUUUGGGACCAGCUCUAUUAGCUCUGAAUUACAGAAGCUUUGUUUAACGUCAUUCUGUUGCAGCUUGAAUGUGUCUGAAACACUGGAUAAAUGUGAGCCAUCUACUGAUAUUCUUUUAUUUUGUCCAAGUCCAACUGAAUGGCAAACUCUCAGAUAAUCAAAAGUAGUUUUAAUUAAAAAAAUGCUUAUUUAGCCUCCAAACUAGUAUACAAAUGCCAAUCAUUAGUAUUCAAGAUUUGUAUAUCAGUAGAUUACAAGCCAAGGAUAAACAACUAUAACCGUUUUAUAAUUGUAAUGAUAUACCUAAUGUAAAACUCUUAAAUGAAGUUGAAAUAAUACUCUGAUAUAUAAUAACACACACGAGAAGACUUAGAAAGGAAGCUAACGUUAGCUGCAGUUUAAAUGCAAGAUCCUUUUCAACUUGUUGGAAACAGUAAAGCUAUUUCUUUAAAUGAUUAAUCUGCAGAUGAUAUCCUCCAUAAAUACUUUGAUUUCUAACAUUUCAGAAUCAGGUGGAAAACGUUCAUCCCAGUUUCCCAAAUACCAAGCUUUAAAUGUCUUGUCAGUCAAAAACCAAAGAUAUUGGGUAAGAAAACACUGAAAACUGCAUUUAAAUACAUCUUUGAAUUUAUAUAAUUACUUUUAGUGCUAAUUAGAAAACAAAGGAGUUGAAAGGAAACAAACAUCUAAUUUCAGUUGGACUUUAAUCCUCAUAAUUUCAUAGUUUUGAAAGUCAUGUGGAGUUAUCUCAACAUUAUCAUCUGAGCUACCAUUGAUGUUAUCAUGUUGUUGAAUCUCCCUUUGGUCUAGAGCUGCUGUGAGAUUAAAACUGGAUUAGCCAAAACAUUGGCCCCUGAAAAACUAGUAAAAAGACGUUAUAUAAAGGUUAUUAUUGAUAUUUAAACAUUUCAAUGUAUAUUCAAUCUCCCCAGAGGAUAAUUUGAAUAUUUGAAGGUCUUUAACUUUACUUUGUCGGUUCAACUAGAUUAAAAUGUAAGGCCUCUCUUUUCACUUCAAUUAAUAUUGAAGUAAUUGGCAAUGUUCAAACAGUUCAGCGUAUCAUCAGACUCCUCAGAGGAUGAUCCGAAUGUUUUAAGGUCCUUCCCUUCAUCCUCAAAUUAAUUUCUUAAGCUCAAAUAAAUCAAAAUGUAGGGCUUCUCUACUCUCUUCCACAAGAUAUUGUCCGUAUUUAAACAUUUCAGUGCAUAUUCAUUCUCCCCAGAGGAUAAUCCAAAAUGUCAUCUAUAUUGAAGUUAUUGGCCGUAUUUAAACAUGUUGGUGUUUCGUUAAGCUCCCCAGAGGAUGAUCCCACAUUUUUAGGGUCCUCAAAUGUACUUUUUUUAACUCAAAUAAAUAGAAGUUUGAGGCCUCACUUCUAUUCAUAUUGGAAUUAUCGGAAACAUUUAAACAUUCCAGUGAAAAUUCAAGCCCCCCAGAGGAUAUCCGAAUGUUUUAAGGUCCUAAACUUGACUUUUUUAGCUCAAAUAAAUGAAAAUGUGGGCCCUCAAUUCUCACUUCCAUUUACUUUGAAGUUAUUGUCCGUAUUUAAACAUGUCAGAGUAUGUUCAGGCUCCCCAGGGGAUAAUCCAAAUGUUCUACGGUCCUUAACUUGACUUUUUUUAGCUCAAAUAAAUGAAAAGUUGGGGCCAAUCUUUCAUUGUCACUUUUAUUUUGAUGUUUUUUUAAUUUCCAUCACAUUGUCUGGUUCUUUUGUUGUUUUCCACGAGCAUUUGGACAAAAGGCAAGUGGAGAAGGGUUACGUCUGGUGUCAUUUCCACAGAAGAAGGCGGGAGUGAAGGUGUGUGUGACCCCCCUCAUUGACUUGUUGUUGAUUGUGGUUGAUGCUAGUGCCUUUGCUGUAUUGUGGAACUGGAUAUUGAUUAUAUUGAUUGUACUGAUUGUACCGACAGGCCUGGGGAACGUCAGGCACUCUAUUUAUUAUUGGUGACUCAAAUCGAUCAUAUUUUUAUAUGUAAGUGCUUUAAAUAAAAUUGCCCUUUUUCUAA